AGCCACAAAAGAUUGAGAGAGAGAAAGAAGAGAGUGCGCAUGGAAAUAGCUGGAUUUGUGAGAGGACGACGCAAGAGUGUCUUGAUUUCUUGCGUCCAAAUUCCAUAACGACCCCCACCUCUCUACUCUCCACACCCACCACUCUCCUCCUCCACUCACACUUUCACACCCAAAAAUCAAAUUUUGAUUUUGUUUUUGUCUGCAGCGGAGGAAAAUGGAAACGACGGCGUUUGAGUCAGUGGACCAAGUGGUGCAAGAGAUCAUGAGAAUUCACAGAUCUUUGCCGCCGAGGCCGGCCGUCGAUGAGGUGGAAGCGGCGGUGACGCUGGUUCGGAAUGUGGAGAUGGCGGAGCAGGCCAGGCUCGACGCCAUUGCCAGGCAGACCAAGAGCUUGCAAGUUCCGGAGGAGCUGUUCAUGGUGCUGCAGGAGAUGCAGAGGAAGUUGGUCUACUUCAACGGCAAGGAGGAGAUGCAGGAGGCCCAUAAGUUGCUCGAUCUCGAGAACCUACAUAAUCUGUUCGACGAUUUGAUUCAGAGAGCCUCCACUUGCGUCUCCUCUCCCAAUUCCACUUCUUCCUCUUCGGCGGCGGCGGUGAAUUUGAGUUCGAAGUCGAAUUCCGUUUCUGGGGUUCUUCCUCACAGGCCCUCUCCUUCUUCUUCUGGUUCUGCUGCUGCUACUGCUGCUGCGUAUGUGUUCAACACUGACAGGGGAGGUGUUGCUAAAACUGCUUCAGCCAGAGUCAGCAGAGAUGACAGUUUCGUGGUCAGCAAGCCCAAGAAAGCAUUCUACUUGGAUGGAAUUGGGGCUGGACCUGCUGUUUCUGCAACUCCCCAGAUAGUGGAUUCGUCUCUGAGGUCGGUUUCCGCUCUCAAUUCAACCGGAGGAGGUGGAGUUGGAGGUCAAGAGGGUGAAAAAUUGAGUCUAAUAAAGUUGGCGAGUUUAAUUGAGGUGUUCGCAAAUAAAGGCACUAAGGAUGUUAAUCUUCGGAACAAGUUGAUGGAUCAAAUCGAAUGGCUGCCUGACUCGAUAGGAAAGCUUUCUAGAUUGGUCUCCCUUGAUUUGUCCGAAAACCGGAUUCUGGUCCUCCCAACCACCAUUGGAGGUCUUUCCUCCUUGACCAAAUUGGAUUUGCACUCAAACAGGAUUGCUCAGCUGCCCGACACUAUCGGAGAUCUUCUUAGCCUUGUCUCACUAGACCUUCGAGCAAACGACUUGACUGCUCUGCCGGCUACCUUUGGCCGAUUGAUGCGUCUUGAAGAGCUCGAUUUGAGCUCAAACAGGCUCGCUGUGCUUCCUGACACAAUUGGGUCCCUUGCUAGCCUCAAGACAUUGAAUGUUGAGACCAAUGAUAUUGACGAAAUUCCUCAUACUAUUGGUCAUUGUACCUCACUCAAAGAGCUGCGUGCAGAUUAUAACCGGCUUAAAGCACUUCCUGAAGCUGUGGGAAAGAUUGAGAGCUUGGAGGUUUUGUCCGUGCGUUACAAUAACAUCAAACAGUUGCCCACAACCGUGUCGUCUCUAUUGAGUCUGAGGGAGCUGGAUGUGAGUUUCAAUGAGCUUGAGUCUGUGCCUGAGAACUUGUGUUUUGCCACCUCACUUGUUAAGAUGAACAUUGGAAACAAUUUUGCUGAUCUGCGAUCCCUGCCAAGGUCUAUUGGGAACCUCGAGAUGCUUGAAGAGUUAGAUAUCAGCAACAACCAGAUACGGGUUCUCCCAGACUCUUUCAGGAUGCUCACUCGACUACGUGUUCUACGUGUUGAAGAAAACCCUCUUGAAGUCCCACCAAGACACAUAGCUGAAAAGGGGGCGCAGGCUGUUGUUCAAUACAUGGCUGAGCUAGUCGUAAAAAGAGAUGUUAAAGCACAACCUGUUAAGCAGAAAAAGACUUGGGCUCAAAUCUGCUGCUUCUCGAGGUCAAACAAAAGGAAGCGCAAUGGUGAAGAUUAUGUAAAAGCCUGAUUAAUCACUGAAUCCCUGACAAGAGAUGUGAAAAUUUCUAUCGAGAAUACCAGCUGUUAGCAGGCUAGAUGAGAAAAGAGACUACGAAUCAACAUCAACUAAGAUGGUGGGUUUCUAAAUCGUUCCAUUGACUCUUCAAUACCAAAAUUGUAUAUCUGUUUUUUAUUUGUUUUUGUUAGAAUUUUUUCUUUUGAUCCAUCUGUAUUUCUGUUAUCUUUGAGUCAAAAUGAGGUGUACAAUUCAGCCGGCAUAUAGGAGAAACGAAAAAACUUUUACUCUGUAAAUCACCUCCAAUCCAUUGUUCAUGAUGUCUCCGUAUGUGUAUCCUUUCUACCACUUGUAAUUGAAUUUGUUUCCACUCAAAUAGAAUCUAGCAUCUUAUGUUUA